CAACUCUUUUCCCUCGGCCGUUUGCCUUCAGUCUGCUGUCAGCGUUCCAAACAGUCGGUGUGUGUUGUAGCUCUGCUCUACAAAAUUUCUAUCCUUUUUCCAAAUUUUCCAAAUCUCAAGAUAUAUCUUAUCCUUAGAUCUCUACUUAACACCUGAAUAUUCAACCCUUCUUCACUAGUUUCCUUCGGUUUGUGGAACUGAACAACGAAUAUCGAUUAAUGCCAGCGCGCCGUUAACCCCGUGUUCUAGAACAUUCUUGGAAAAUUCUCCCUUGUUUUCUUUAGAUAGGGCGUGAAAAGCGACCGGGAAACUUGGAGUUUCCCAACGUUGACACGUUUUCACCCCCCUCUACACACCGCUCUGUGUCGUCAGUAACUUGGUCGUGCAAGUUUCCACUGAACCCAAGGUCAUAAUCAAAACGUCUCAUAAAACAUAUGCUGCUACUAGCUCCAGAAACAUUAACAUUAUCCAGAAGAAGGUCUGGGAGUUUCCAUACUGCUGUAGAGCCAAUCCCUGGCCUUGUCUCUAGGUGUAUGAUUUCAUUGAAGCAUCAGUGGCCCGUCAGUUAUAGGACAUCAAAAUUUUCAAGUAAUCGGCACAGGAAAUCGCAGCCGUUUAGAGAAACGUGACUGUGGAAGUUGCAACUAGUUAAAUCGUACAAAACCAUUGCUACCAGCGUCAUUGACAAACGUCCUCCUCCCGCUCCUCCUUAUCCUCCUCUUCCUUCUCCUCUCUCUCACUUGUACUCACUUGAAAACAACAUACUUCCCUCCUCCUCCUCUCACUCGAAAACUGUUCACCAGCGCCCUACCAGCAGUAGGGGUGGCACCGCCGUUUUUUGUUGUUGAUAAAAAUUUCAACGAAAAUUGCAACAAUUGCGUCGUCUCUGACACUGAAAUACCUCUCGCAAGACCGGCGACUGAAGAAGAAGCGGAAAUCGGCAACAAGGAAAUCGAUCUAAUAGGAGCAGAGCAGCGACAAGAUGGAGAACACGGUGAACGUGAAGCGGAACGUGUCGGAUGCGUUCUAUCGCUACAAAAUGCCCCGCCUCAUGGCCAAAGUGGAGGGCAAAGGAAACGGCAUCAAAACGGUCAUUGUCAAUAUGGCCGAGGUGGCUAAGGCGAUCGGCCGGCCGGCUACUUAUCCGACCAAGUACUUUGGCUGCGAACUGGGCGCGCAGACGCAGUUCGACUUCAAGAACGACCGGUUCAUCGUGAACGGGUCGCACGACGCGGCCAAACUGCAGGACCUACUGGACGGUUUCAUCAAGAAGUUUGUGCUGUGCCCGAGCUGCGACAACCCCGAGACCGACCUGAUUGUCAGCACCAAGAAGGGCACCAUCAGUCAGGGCUGCAAGGCGUGCGGCUUCCACGGCCCGCUCGAGUUCAAUCACAAGCUCAACACGUUCAUACUCAAGAAUCCGCCCAACCUCAAUCCGGCCGCUCAAGGCUCGUCUCUGACGGAAGGCAAACGUGGCAAGCGCAAGAAGAACGGCGAGACGAACGGAGACGCGCGCUCAGGGUCGCCGCGAUCCGAGGAGGAGCCUGAUCUCAUUGUGGACGCGCCCCAAAAGGUGGCCCCCAAGGAGACUGAGGAAGACCUUGACUGGGCGGUGGACGUGUCUGAGGAGGCUGUGCGCGCUCGCCUCCAGGAUCUGACGGACGGAGCCAAGGGUCUCACCAUCUCUGACGACCUGGAGAAGUCGGAGAAGGAACGCAUGGACAUAUUCUACACGGCCGUCAAGGCGAAGUGCAGCAGCAAAGAUCCACAGGUGUUGACGCAGCCGAGCGCUGCUAAAGAACUGUUGGUGGAGGCUGAGCGACUGGAGAUCAAGUCGAAAGCACCGCUUGUGUUGGCCGAACUGCUUUUCGAUGAGAAAAUUCACAUUCAGAUCAAGAAACAUCGCCUGCUGUUGCUUCAUUUCACCCACGAGGACACGAAAGCCCAGCGCUAUCUGAUUGGAGGCAUAGAGCAAGUCAUUGGCUUGCACAAGGAAAGUCUGCUGCCGAAAGUUCCUGCUAUUCUCAAGUUGCUGUACGACAUGGAUGUUCUUGAGGAGAAGGUGAUACUGGAGUGGGGCUCGAAGACGAGCAAGAAGUACGUGUCGAAGGAGUUGUCGCAGGAGAUCCACACCAAGGCCGAGCCGUUCAUCACCUGGCUCAAGGAGGCCGAGGAAGAGGAGGAGAGCAGUGAGGAGGAGGAUGAGGACGAUCUCGAGAUUGAGUACGACGACAGAGCAAAGGCAUCUCCACUGAAAGAGAACAAGGUGUCGGCUCCCGUCAAGAAGAGGGUGGUUGAUGAGGAAGAGGAGGGGGGAGACGAUGUCGACAUCGAUGCCAUCUAAUCACAUUUCGCUCCUCAUAUUAUAUCAGCAACUAACCUAAGUCUUUGUUUCAAAUAAUAAUCUAUCCAAUCCAAUAAAUUACUGUUACUCCUCAAUAGUUGAAACAUCAUCCUUCUUCCUUCUCAAAUCAAUGUUAUUCAAUACGCUUGAAUGUACUAAAUUAUUUAUCUAGGAAAUGGAAAAAUAUGAGAUGUGAUUUCAGAUUGGCUAUCCACGUUGAGUACAUGUGUCUGUUUAGUUGUUUGCUACUUGAAAGUUUUGUGGUAGAGGUUGAGUCGAUGAAUGUAGUUAUGUAAAUAAAUUAUCAUCUCCAAUCUCUU